AUGUCUUCAUUCAAUAGUAUUUAUAUUGGGUUUUUGCUUAUUAUUUUAUUUUCAAAUUGUUGUGUAUCCAAUAAUUGUAUUUUUACAUUCGAUAAUGCGGAAUACGAUUUAACAGCCCUGUCAACAGAUGGAUUUUAUAAUGCAACAUUUAGAAAUACAGAUAUUCAAAAUGAAAAAGAUUAUUUUUAUAUUAUAUUUAAUGUUUGUGAACAUGUUAAAUAUUGUAGUGAUGUGUAUGGUUUUCCAAGCUCAACACAGUCGUGCCAAAUUAUAGAUACAGUUAGCAACUAUAGUGAUGCAUUUGAAAUAGGAUCGUUGGGAAAUAUAGUCUCAUAUGAAUCAAGUAAUGGUUUGGUUUUGGAGUAUAGCUCAUCAAUUGAAUAUGCAGUGUGUUGGGAUGGAACAAGAAACAAUAAAAAAAUAAACAAACUAUCAUUUGAAUGCGAUAAAGAACAAGAUUUUAUAAUAAUAAAUACCAAUACAGUUAGAAAAUGUUUAUACGAAAUUACAAUUAAUUCAAAAUAUGCAUGUAAUAGUCAUUCAUCAGAACCCGACUCCUCAUCAGACUCAUCUUCUGAUUUUUCACUCUCUUGGCCUGGAUCAUUUUCAGUACCAUCAGAAUCUUCUUUUUCAUUACCUGGAUCAUUUUCUAUACCAUCAGAUUCGUCAUUUUCAUUACCUGGAUCAUUUUCUAUACCUUCAGAAUCAUCAUUAUCUUUACCUGGAUCAUUUUCUAUACCUUCAGAGUCGUCUUUUUCAUUACCUGGAUCUUUUUCUAUACCAUCAGAAUCAUCAUUAUCUUUGCCUGGAUCUUUUUCAGUACCAUCAGACUCAAGUGGUUCACUCCCUGGAUCUUUUUCAGUAUCAUCAGACUCAAGCGAUUCAAUACCCGGAUCUUUCUCGAUACCAUCGGAGUCAUCCUCAGUUUCUUCAAGCAGCGAAAGCAAAACCUCCACAAGUGAAAGCAGCGAUAGUAGCAGUUCGAAAGGUAAUAGCAGUUCGAAAAGCAGUAGCUCAAAAGGUAGCAGUGGCAGCUCAAAAAGCACUAGUAGCAGUUCAAAAAGUAGCAGUUCAAAAAGCGCUAGUAGUAGUUCAAAAAGCACCAGUAGCAGUUCAAAAAGCACUAGUAGCAGCUCAAAAAGUAGUGGUUCAAAAAGCACCAGUGGCAGUUCAAAAAGUAGUAGUUCAAAAAGCACCAGUAGCAGUUCAAAAAGUAGCAGUUCAAAAAGCACUAGUAGUAGUUCAAAAAGCAACAGUAGCAGUUCAAAAAGUAGCAGUGGUAGCUCAAGUAGUAUUUCAAAAAAUAGCAGUGAUUCUAAAAGUAGCAACUCAAAAAAUAGUAGCUCAAAUAGUAGCAAUAGUUCUAAAAGUAGUAGCAGCUCAAAAAAUAGUAGUAGUUAUAAAUGGAGUAGUAGCAAAAGUAGUUCAACAAACUCAACUUCGUCACACAACUCCACCUCAUCCUCUUCAUUAAACUCAAAUUCAACUUCGUCACACAACUCCACCUCUUCCUCCUCAUUAAAUUCAAACUCCACAUCCUCAUUUAAUUCAUCUUUGUCUUCCUCCUCAUCAACAUUCACAAAUAAUUUUUUGGUUUCAUGUUAUUAUAAUGACACAAUAAUUACAGUUAAAAGUAAAAUUAAUGACUUCAUCAAAUGUAAAGGCAAUGGAUCAAUAAAAUGUAAAAACUCUGACCUGCUAUGCGAAAAUAAAGUCAAUGACACAAAGGUAUCCACUUUUUGUUGGGGUAAACAACAAAUUAUAUGCAGAGGUAAAUCCAUAACAUGCUCAGUAAAUGGCAAAUUAACAUGUUCAAAUUCAAACAAUUUGGUGGAAAUAUCAUUUAGCGAUGACAAUGAUACUCUUAAUAGUAAUGGUUUAAUAAAAUUAAGUUAA